CCCUCCCUCCCUCCUUCGCUCUUUCCCAACUUGACCAAGGAAGGAGAAGGAGCUGAUUUGGGCUGCGGCGGAAAGAAGAAGAGGAAGAAGAAGAGGAGGAAGAAGAGGAAGAGGAGGAAGAAGGGAAGGAAAAGGAGGAGGGAGGGGAGUUAAGCCCCCCCCCCCUCCUUCGACGUCGGAGGAGAAGGAGGAGGAUGCAGCCGGGGGAUCCGCCGCGGAGAAUGUCGCCUCCCUCUCCUCCUCCUCCUUCUCCUCCUGCUUCUCGUCCUUCUCCUCCGCCUGGAAGGAGCUGAAGCCUCCCCGAGAGGAAGGAAGGUGGGCUGGGGUCUCCGGCAGAAGAGAGACCCCCGUGCCGGCCAUGAGCGCCCCCCUUGCCGCCGCCUCCGCCCCCGGCGCCCCUUGCCUCCUCCUCUUCUCCUUCUCCUGCUUCUCCUUCUUCUUCUUCUUCUUCAUCCUCGAUGCCAUGCCCCACGCCUGGGCCCUCCCGCCCCCCUUGACCACCGCCCCGGACCCCCACGGCUGGCGGACCCCUGUGGACUGUGCCCGCGCCAACGAGCUCUGUGCAGCCGACCCCAGCUGCAGCUCGCGCUACCGGACCCUGCGCCAGUGCGUGGCCGGCCGCGACCGCAACACCAUGCUGACCAACAAGGAGUGCCAGGCGGCCCUGGAGGUCCUGCAGGAGAGCCCGCUCUACGACUGCCGCUGCAAGCGGGGCAUGAAGAAGGAGCUGCUCUGCCUCCAGAUCUACUGGAGCAUCCAUCUCGGCUUGGCGUCUGGAGAUGAGUUUUACGAAGCGUCUCCCUACGAGCCGGUCACCUCGCGCCUCUCCGAUAUCUUCAGGCUCGCUUCCAUCGUCUCAGGGAUGGACCCGGCGGCGGCCAGCGCCAAGAGCAACCACUGCCUGGACGCGGCCAAGGCCUGCAACCUGAACGAGAACUGCAAGCGCCUGCGCUCGGGCUACAUCUCGGUCUGCAACAAGGAGGUCUCCCCCACGGAGCCCUGCAACCGGCGCAAGUGCCACAAGGCCCUGCGGCAGUUCUUCGACCGGGUGCCCAACGAGUACACCUACCGCCUGCUCUUCUGCGCCUGCAAAGACAUGGCUUGUGCCGAGCGCCGGAGGCAGACCAUCGUCCCCCACUGCGCCUACGAGGAGCCAGAGCCCCCCAACUGCCUCGACCUCCGGGCACAGUGCCGCCUGGACCCUCUCUGCAGGUCCAGGCUGGCCGACUUCCACACCAACUGCCAGGCCUCCUUCCAUCUGCUGACCAGCUGCCCUCGGGACAACUACCAGGCCUGCCUCGGCUCCUACACGGGGCUCAUCGGGUUGGAGGUGACGCCCAACUACGUGGAGGCCAGCGCCACCAGCCUCACGGUCUCCCCAUCGUGUUCCUGCCGGGGCAGCGGCAACAUGGAGGAAGAGUGCGAGAAGUUCCUGAGGGACUUCACAGAAAACCCCUGUCUCCGAAACGCUAUCCAGGCCUUUGGCAAUGGCACCGACAUCAAUUUCUCCCCCAAGUCCCCGCCGCUGCCCGACAUCACCUUUCCCCCCAAGACGGAGAAGAGCCCUCCUCUGCCGGACAACGUCAGUGACAGCAACACCGUCUAUGACAUGAGCGUCAUCACCACCUGUACCUCCAUCCAGGAAAGCGGGCCGAAGCUGAACAAAUCCAAAGAGCAGAGUCGGUGUUUCCUGGAUGCCCUGACCACGUCCCGGAUGCCCGAACAGAAGACCCUUUUGAACGGCAUCCGGCCCUCCUUCCCGGGGCCCCUCUGCGCUCUGCUCUUCCUGCUCAUGAAGGCGGCCUUAUAGGAGCGGAGCCCGGCCGCGCGGCGGGAGGAAAGGGCUGCGCAAACCCCUCGCGCCCCCCGCGGCAGACAGACGGACGGACGGACCUCUUGGGGGGCUUUUUCUGUUUCUGAAAGGACUGUUUCCUUUCUGGGAUUCCUCCUGGAGUCUUCUGCAUUGAGAGCAAUGGCAAGACACCUCACGCUGCGCAAGAGAGAACGGCCGUGCGGAGAUCAGAGAUGUUGCAUCCAGAAUGCAGAGAGAUGGAGUGUGUUAAAAGGCUGUUUUUAAAAGUCCAUGGAGUCAGUAGAGGCCGGGAGAGACGUGGCAUAGGAUGAUCCUCAGGAGGCUCUUCGAAGGCCGAGGGGCAUUUUGCCCCCUCUGUGGAAAAUCCUUCCCUUUGUUUGGGAAUCUCCUGUCCUUUCUGUCCAUUUCUCAGGCUGUUCUUAUCCUCAGAGGACCUUUGGGACUGUCUUCACUUUCUGCUUUUGGAGAAAGAAGAGCGGGAAACAACCGCCCCAUUGCACCUGUGGGCACGCCUUGCGGGACAUCAUAUGCAAGACCCAGGGCCAUGCUGUUGGUGUUGUUUUGAAACUGCCUGCUCCCUCUGACCCCUGUCCACUCUUUGGAAGGGUUUCAGCGUCAGAAGGAAAAGAAGGAAACUUGCCCUGUUGUGGAACUGGCUGCCCCAUUGCUGUGGGUCGCGGAGUAGCAGCAGGCACCCCCUGGCCUUUGGGGGCCUGCGCUUUUGGGGCAGGCGUAACCCUACUUUCCUGGGAUUAUAUACAUCUCUCACAUAUGUGUAUUGAGAGAGACCCGAGUUAUCUCUAUAUACGAGGGUUGAAUGAAAAGUAAUGCCUCCACCUUCGUAAUUCCUGAACAGAUGGCAGUCCUGGUCUGCGGCAGGUCUUGGCUUGUUCAGUAGACUCUCCUCUACAGUUCCAUUUGGUGGGAAGCCUUAGCAUUGAAUAGUUGUGUUGUUAAAGUGCGAAGUAUGGAACCCUGUGCAAGCGGUUCCAUUUGGCGGAAAGCCUUAGCAUUGAACGGUUGUGUUGUUAAUAGGCAUGUCCAAUCGAUGAAAAAAAUGUUUCAAUUCUCGUUUCUAAAGUAGGGGGCGCUGGCGCUUCGAUAUAGAAAGUAUUUCCGAUUUUUUUCACCCAAAAAUUUCGGAUAUUUCCGAAAAUUCGUAAUGAUUCUAAAUGUUUGUAAAAUGACAGACGCGCAUGCGCAAUCGCUACACACCAGGCUUGUAUGGCAAUCUUCCAUGUGGACGCAGAGGACAUUAGCCCCCACCUUUGCGUCCAUCGUGGAAGCUUCUGAUUGGCUGGGGAGCGGCAGCCAUAUUAGGCUGUGCUAAGCUCCCAUUCAAGCUAGGUUGCAGAAACAAAAAAAAUAUUUUUUAAAAUAUAUUUUAAAAAAUUUUGGGGAAAAAAAUUAACGAAACAUUAAGAGACAAUUGGAGAAUGGGCCAACAAUGAUUCGAAUUACAUUGCUGGUUGUGCUGUGAGACAAUGUCUCGGAAUGCGUAUCAAAAAGCGAGAACAAUCCGAAAUAAUUCCAAUAUACGAUUCAAAAUGAUUUUUUGGACAUGUCUAGUUGUUAAAGCGCGAAGUAUGGACCCUGCGCAGACGGUUCCAUUUGGCGGAAAGCUUUAGCAUUGAAAGGUUAUGUUGUUAAAGCGUGAAGUAUGGAACUCGGUGCAGACAGUUCCAUUUGGUGGAAAGCCUUAGCAUUGAAUGGUUGUGCUGUUAAAGUGCGAAGCCUUCAAUGCUAAGGCUUCCCUGUCUGUGCAGGGUUCCAUACUUUGCCCUUUAACAACACAACCAUUCAAUGCUAAGGCUUCCCUCCAAAUGGAACUGUAGAGGAGAGUCUACGGAACAAGCCAGGACCUGCCGCAGACCAGGACUGCCAUCUGUUGAGGAGUUACGAAGGUGGAGGCAUUACUUUUCAUUCAACCCUCGUACAUAUGUCUAUACAUAUCAAUCUGCAUAUACUCAGUGGCUCCACCUCUCCUUUUCCUCUUUCUUUCUUUCUUUCUUUCUUUCUUUCUUUCUUUCUACUACACACAAAAACAAUAUGAACAAAAAUAACCACUGAUAAAUAUGUAUCAUUGUAAAGGGUUCCCCCCCCCCCAAAAAAAACAAACCCCAUGUCUGCAAUGGGACCCAGGGAGCCCCAUGGGAGGGAGGAGGCCAAGCCUUUCCCCGCGGUCAGUGGGGCCUCAGGCCAAGCGGAGCGGCUGGAGCACUGAGUUCAUAACUGAAAUAAACAUACCAAGAAGCAAAGC